AUGAACUCCCAUCGAGAACCGGUGACUGGUCGCUUACCAGAGCCUGGAACAUCAGUCCAAAGACAGAAACAAAGCCAGCUUGCAUCUUCUGAAGGCCCCGCCUCAGAAAGCAAGCUUAUCAAGAAAGCCAAGUGCAUGUUCACAGACUCAACGUGGCUCGGAGUGCCUUGCGAUCUCAGCGACAACUAUAUGACAAGCAUUGAGAAGCAUCGUCAAAAGCCGGAACUUCACUUACUCGCAGGGGACGGAGAAAAGCCCUGUCUUCGCUCCCUCCCACGUGUGACCUUGAUCAGUGUUGUGUGGGGUACCAAGUCUGACAUCAACGGGCAGCAUCCUCCACCACAGACUGACAACUUCCUAAAUUACAUCACUUCUUGUCCCAACCUGAAGUCUUGUUCUUGGGCGGCGAGACACCCGAAUGAAACACUAAUUGGUCGAACGCCCGACGACUUCGAGGGAUCCGGCAUUCACAAACCUUUUCCUUUUCUCGAGCAUUUGGCCCUUUAUCAAUACUAUAUUGGUAGCCAGAUGUGGCAUGGUUGGCAAGAUCGUUUCAAUUGGUCAAAUCUUUCGUCUCUCGAGAUCGGCCAGGGGCUGUUUGCGCCUGAGAAUCUUGAGGUCAUGACAGACCGUCUAAAUAAUUUAAAGUGCUUCAGAAUCACAGGGAGUGCCGUUCAAAAUGAAGAGCUGUGCCGAAGCCUCGAAAGUUUCUUGGUUGCUUUUGACACACUGGUGGAUCUGGAAAUAUUGAACUGCUUCGUUCCACUUCACGCCAUUGCUCGGCAUACCCGUUUGGUCAACCUCUGUGUUCAUAUUGGCGACACUUGGAAUUGUCUAGACUCUCGCGCUGUAUUUGGAAACGCGGACUUGAUUUCUUUGGACACACUAUGUCCCGAACUCGAAAAUCUGGAACUGGAUAUUGAGCGCGAGACUGAGGCAGAGGAUUGGCCUCAAGAUGUUCUAGACACUUUGGCCCGUGGCUUUUCACGGCUCAAAACAAUAGCGCUCCAUUCACGAGUUGGCAAUUUGGUGCAUGAUCCUCUCCCCACCAUGUGGGAUGAGAGUUGUCAUUCCUUUAAGCCCGAAUUAACUUACAAGGCGGCAACAGAGAUCGGUUCCAAUUUCUUUGCCACCCGAUAUCGAGAAUAUAACGCAAGCUCCGUGUCCGCGGACAUGUCAGAAGGAUCUGGAAGACUCCAAAAAUUGACAUUGAAAUCCGGACUAAGCAAACGAAUGCCCUUUCAGCUUCCCGAGGGAAUGUUACAAAGAGACGCCAAGUUCAAUACCUUGACUUUUGACAUGUCACCACCCAAGAUUAUAGGCGAAGAGCCUGAGCUGGUGCAUUUGGAAAGGGAGCGCCAGGAGAAAGUGUGCUAUAAUUGCUUACAUUCAACACCGCACCGCGCCUUAGAGCAGAUUAUAUCGAUUGCCGAGGAUGGUCCACGCUUUGCUUUCAGACGUCGUACUGGCGGAAAGUCAAAUUGCAGGGGCCUGUCCGAGCGUGGAGUCGAGCGUCGAGUACCAAGAGUUGGUACUCGUAAGUCAGAGAGGCUUGCACAAAGGCGGGAGAUGGAGUCAACAGUGGAUUGA